AUGGUUCCUGCCGAGACCGUGGAUGCGAAAGGAGGAGUCUUAUUACCCGGCCUCAUAGACUGUCAUAUUCACUUGACAGGGACUGACGAGCUCGUUCGGAUGACCCAAUACGGCGUUACCACUGCAUUUGAUAUGGCUACCUGGCCCGAUGAGCUUCUCAAGUCGCUCCGUGGCCAGAAGGGUCUUACUGACAUCAAAGGAUGUGGGCUCCCGGCCAUUGGACCUGGAAGUUCUCAUACCCACAUGCCGGGAAUGCCAAAAGAGGCGGUGAUCUCCAACCCAGAAGAAGCCAAGAAAUUUGUGGAGGACCGUGUGGCUGAAGGAGCAGACUAUAUCAAGCUCGUUUCUGAUACUCCAGGACCCGACCAGGAGUCGAUCAAUGCUCUUGUAAGGACCGCUCAUGACAAAGGUAAAGUUGUCUUUGCGCAUGCGGUCAACCUCGAGGCGACGCGCAUGGCACAGAUGGCCGGCGUGGAUAUCAUUACACAUGCUCCUCUGGACGGAGUCAUGAACGAUGACGAAGUGCGGCAGAUGGUCGAGAACAAACUCUGUUUGUCAGAUGAAGGGUAUUGA